GGGCAUCAAAACACUCUGUGUCUCGAAUGUCUACCAGGGUAUCACACCAUUGUCUCUAGUGUCCACCCGCGAAGAAUCUCUGCAGGUCUGAGUCGUCAUGGCGCGUGCCAUUAAAGACCUAGCUACCAAGCAUUAUCCAGGGGACCCAUUGAAUGACACACUCGCGAAGCUCGCUCAUCUCGAUUUGACGGGCAGUGUUCGGUAUGACCCCACGGUCAUGCAGAUGAAUGGAGGAUAUAGCGACAUAUUUGUGGGAACUGCGGCCAUUCCACUCAGAGGGACACCACCCUCGAACCGUGCACCAAGGCCUGAAAUCAAAGUCAGUGUCAAACGGCUUCGUAUACAUAUUCAGAAGGAUAAGAGCUUCGAAAAGAGCCUUGCUAGAGAACUGUCUGUCUGGUCGAAACUUGAUCAUGCCAACAUCUUACCUCUCCAAGGAUUCAUAAUGGAAGGAAGCUAUCCUCUAGUGAUCGCUCAAUGGAUGGAAAAUGGAACAGUGAGAGAAUAUCUUCAACGACAGCCAAUGUGUGAUAUUAAAAGCAUGGUAGUAGGAAUUGCUCAUGGAAUCGGCUAUCUGCAUAAGAAGAAUGUUGUACAUUCUGAUCUCAAAGCUGACAACGUCCUUGUUAAUCAUUUUGGUAGAACCUUAAUAUGCGACUUUGGCCUUUCUCGAAUGUUAUGUGCUUCGACGACCAUCGGUGGAGCAGGUACUAGCAGUUUGAGCGGCACCGUGCGAUGGAUGGCGCGCGAGUUGAUUGUCGACAGUGACGGACGUCAUACAAAGGAGUCAGAUGUCUGGGCUUUCGGCAUGACUGUAUUCGAAAUGCUCACAAGACAGCGUCCGUAUCCAGAUUGCAAGACCGAUCCGAAUGUCAUUUUCGCGAUUAGCAAGGGUGAACUACCUCCUCGGCCAGUUGAAUACCAUGACUGGACGCCGACAAAUCAAGACUUGUGGGAUAUCUGCGAAAGUUGCUGGGUCUCACCACCAGAGCAUCGGAUAACGGCUUGGCGGAUAAUAGGCAGACUUAAGAAUCCAAACUUCGGCUCAGAUAGAACUAAUCAAGGUACCAGGGGGCGCGAUCGUCAGAAUGAUUUACUCGCACCAGGAAACAAACCAGCAAGAAAUUCUACGUCCAGAGAAUCGCAGCGCACAAGCCGUUCUGACAACAGUCAAACAGGUCAAGAGCGCAAGGACAAAUCACCAGAUGUUGCUCACCCUCAACCUCCAACCAUCAGUCCAUUGCUCAGAGGGCGAGAAUGCAUGCACCUGGACUUUGCUUUUCAUGCAUACCUACCACAAAUACCAAGCAACAAUAACGAUAAGAGUUCUCGUACAUUCGUUGCAGCCCACAAUGACCAACUCUUUCAAGCUGCAGUGGUUCCCGGAACGACAAAUAUGCGAAUAACUUGCAAGGCGUUUGGUAAAUUCGUAGAUACCUGGGCAAUUACCGUCAGAUCGAUCCGUCGCCCCAUCACGAUCGGACAUGUGUUAAGUGCAAUGCAUCAGCACAUGCAAACGAAGAUGACGCAUGAGGAAUGGGCGAAAUUGUCCGAACCUGAGGUGAUUGAAGCAGGACAGGCGUAUACUCGUCGAUGUCGCGAGGCAGAGUUCGAGAAGAUGCAAGGUGUGCGAAGGUUAGAUCUUCUUGGAAAGAAACGCUUCUUUGGAGGAUUGAAGAAAGCAAAAGGCGAUGUUGAUUAUGAGUUAAUACCUAGGUCAGAAUAAAAACAAUCCAUGUUCAUUGUUGGAAAUUGGACGACGGGCCGAGAGGUGCAAAGAGGAAGAUGCGUUAGUGAAUAGAUCGUACCAAUGUAUACGUAGUCUAUGCAAAAGGAUAUCUGC